UUUAUCUCUAGAUAAUCAUUUUACUAUCAUGAGUCUUGACUGGACGGUGAGAAAUCCAAAUGGAUGGCAACACUACUCUGCAUUUCCGGAAGACUAUCCUAAAAAGGGUUCACUUCAUUACAAUAUUCCACCAGUAAAACUACUCAAAGAAACAUUAGAAGAUGUAGUUUUUGAACCGAAAUAUUGGCAUGGAUACGUUGGAGCUAAAACAUUUUUCACUCACCAACCGUUACCGUCAACUACAUAUUUCUCUGUUUACGGGGGGACUGCACCUAAAAGGAAUGAUGUGAAUGCAUAUAUACCAAGCACUGGGGACGCAACACGAUAUUCAACGCUAAGUACUCCGCACAAUAUUGUUGCAAUGGCUGAUUUAUACGGAGCGUUUGGUAAAAAUCAACCACACAGACCUCAGGCUCAUCCUAUACAAGUUGAUGCACCAGAUUCACGAUUUUGGCGAUUUGAUGGGAGAAAUCAUACAUUUGCUAAAUAA